AUGCCAACAGUUGUUCGCUUGGCACUUCAUCUACCUGGAAUGCAUCGUGUUCUUUUCAAUCCUAAUGACUCAUUGGAAAUGAUUCUUUCUAGAGCUGCGCAACAAAAAUCGACUCUUACUGGUUUUUUUGAUUAUUGUGCUUCCAAUGAAAAUGAAUGCCAAUUCACUUACCAAGAAUUUCCGCAACAUUUUGUUUGGCUCAAGUCAGAACAUAGAUGGAAACCCAGAGAACAUGGAUAUGCAAUUGGUAGAAUGUACUUUGCUAGCCCUAACUGUGGUGAAAGAUUUUAUCUGCGUUUGUUGUUAACUGUUGUCAAAGGGCCAAUAUCGUUUCAAUGUUUACGUACAGUUAAUAAUGUUUUGCAUGAGACGUUUAAAUCAGCAUGUGUUGCCAGAGGACUAUUAGAAGAUGAUGAAGAAUGGAUACAGUGCUUGAAAGAGGCUGCAGUUAUGAAAACCGGAUAUCAAUUGAGGAGAUUGUUUUGUAUUAUUCUGACCCAAUGUUUUCCACUACAACCACAUGCGUUAUGGAAUCAAUUUUCAAUGCAUAUCUGUGAUGAUCUUGCACAUAAGCUUCGUACAUUGUUUGCCAUUUCUAACCCAACUGAGGCUAAAAUUGAAGAUUAUGGUUUGUAUCUUUUGAAUCAAAUGCUUCAAGAAUCAGGAAAGAGUUUAAUUGACUUCCCGCCCAUGCCACAACCUACAGCAAAUUGGAGUGCAACAGUUGGUAACCGAUUGAUAUUCGAACAUCAACAACUACAUGAUGAGGCACAACAGAUAGAUGUGCAAAUUACUAUUGAUCGCCUCAAUAAUGGACAACAAACUGCUUAUAACGCAAUCACCUCUUCAGCUUUUGAAAGUAAAGGGACUAUUUUCUUUUUGAAUGGCGGUGCUGGAACGGGGAAAACAUUUUUGUACAAUACGAUUGCAUUAAAAUGUCGCAGCCUUGGCCAUAUUGUUGUUGCCGUGGCUUCAUCUGGAAUUGCAUCAUUGCUAUUAGUAGGAGGUCGCACUGCACAUUCAACAUUUUCCAUUCCAUUGGAUGUCUUGGAAAAUUCAGUUUGUGGGUUUAGCAAGCAAUCAUUACAGGCUGAAUUGUUUAGAGAAACAAAACUCAUAAUUUGGGAUGAAGUUCCUAUGCAACAUAGACAUUGUGUUGAGGCGGUUGAUCGCACACUUCGAGAUAUUUGUGAUUGUGAAAAGCCAUUUGGGGGUAUCACUGUUGUUCUUGGUGGAGACUUUCGACAAAUCUUACCAAUUAUAACCAAAGGAGUUCGUGAGCAAACUGUGAAUACAUCAUUGAGACACUCUGUUUUGUGGAAGGAUCUACAUGUUUUAUCUUUAGAUUUGAAUAUGCCCUUGAAUCAUGCAAACCUUGGAAAUGCUAUUUUUGCAAAAUUCUUGACGGAGGUUGGAACCAAUCCGCAAGAAAUUAUUAAAAUUCCAUUAACAAUACACAGAUGCCAGGAUAUAAAGAAAUUACUCUCAGUAGUUUAUCCACAAUUGGAUGUGGCAGAUACAUCAACUCCAUCAUUCUUAACGGAACGUACAAUUCUUUCUGCACGAAAUGAUGAUGUCAGUGCUAUCAAUAUUGCUGCGUUGAAUAUUUUUCCAGGGAAUACAUAUACGUAUCUUGCUGCAGAUAAGAUGGCUGAAGAUGAUGAAAUUGAUCCUUCCAUUACAAACAGAUAUCCUAAUGAGUUUUUAAAUUCAUUGGAUCCUCCUGGGCUACCAGCUUUUAAGGUAGAGUUGAAAGUGGGUUGUCCUAUAAUGUUAUUAAGAAACAUUGCACCGAAAGAUGGACUGUGUAAUGGCACAAGAUUGAUGGUAUCAAGGUGCGACACUCACAUAAUUGAAGCUCGAAUCUUAACUGGAGAGAAGUUUGGCAAUUUGGCAUUUAUACCAAGGAUAUCAUUGACUCCGUCUUCUGCAGAAAUGCCUUUCCGAAUGACAAGACGUCAAUUUCCAGUUCGAUUGGCAUACGCUUUGACCAUUAACAAAUCUCAAGGACAAUCUGUGAAAUUUGUUGGGGUUGAUUUGCGUACACCUGUUUUUAGUCAUGGGCAACUAUACGUGGCAUUAUCCAGAUGCACAUUUUUCGAUCGUAUAAGUAUCCUCCUCCCUAAUGAUGAGCCAGAUUCCACUACAAAUAUUGUUUACCCUGAAAUUUUGUUAUGA